AUGGGAAAGAAGAAGGUCAAAGACUUUAAUAAGGUUAAACUGAAGCUUGGCAGGACUCUCAAAAGACAAAACGAAACAGUUGUUGAUUUGUCGAAGAAAAAAAUUUUUCUCCCUAAAGAGAAAACUCAAACUAAAUACGACGUCCCUAAAGAACCAAAUGAAAUCUUUUGUGAAUAUGUUGGAGGCUUAAAAUCAUCCAGCGAAAGUUCUCAAUUACAUGCUCUUUCCUGUAUUCAGUCGGUUCUUCAACCCUACAUUUUACAGAUUAAUUCAGAUUGGAAUUCUCAACCGUUUGUAUAUCAUAAUGAAGUGUCGCUAAAAUCUCUGGAUACUCUUCUUGGAUUUGACAUAAAGCAGGGUCAAAUCGCUUUGCAGUUUGGAGAUUUAUUCGAAGCAAUUGAAAAGCUUUCUCGCCAUUCAACUAGUGGUCAAAUUCCUUCGGAGAUUGCUAAACUUUGCGCAAUGGUAACGACUAUUUUUUCCGUUCAUCCAAGGAUCUUUUGUGGAGCUUUCGCGAUUGAUGUUAUAUCACUGUCCCUUCUUCAUCGGUCUGAAUUCUGGUUCAGAAUAGCCGGUGUGAAAGUUUUAGCUGACUUAAUGGAAGCCCGUUACCGGGUCUUAACUUCAUUACUUUGCGCUGUUGAUCAUUUAUCUUCAUUUUCAAUUAUUGAUGAAUUGAAAAUAUGGAUUGAUGCUGUGAAUUAUUCAGCACGAAUAAGAACUUAUACUCGUUUGCUUAUUCGCCAUUAUGAAUCGCUUCAUGAGAAUAAAGCAUUUGAUGCCAUCUCAUCCAGAAAAACUUUGUUGAAAGCCACCAUGAAAUACCUUCGUGAUAUUCAAUACACUCUCUAUGUUACUCCCUUGGUGCCUCUGAGUGUCGAUUCUAAGGUUAAACUGCAUCCGUUUCUCGCUUCUGUGGAACUCUCGAUUCUUCACGUUUAUUCACCUGUUGGGUAUUCUGGCACUAAUCUCAAUUCAACUUGGAUGUUGAAAGCCGCUAAUCCUAUUUUAGACAAGGUAUCCAAUUCGAGUGUUUCUAAGGUGGAUAAAAGUGGCUCUAAGAACAAUUCAGCUCCUCUAUUAAACAAAUUUCAGGAAGAUCUAGCACUUGAUUCAAACCUUGUUUAUUUCGUAUUAAAGGAAUGUCACUAUCUUCUUGACGAAUUGUUACAUAAGCCUUCUCCCGAUACCAUAUUUGAAUUAAUAUAUGCAAUACGUUUUUUGAGAGUCUUUUUGGAGAUGAAUCCUUCAUAUUUUGCUUCUGAACACUCUGAAUCGUGA